AUGUGCUUGUCGCUUUUCUCUUUUGCAGCAGCGUGUGAUAAACCUUCCCGAUUAAGGGAGACUAGGAAGCUCCGCAGGCACGUCGGCCACGGGCAUAUGGGCGAGCAUCGGAAGCACCCCUGUGGUGGAGGAAAUGCAGGAGGGUGGCACCAUUCCCGCAUCAACUUCGACAAAUAUCAUCCAGGUUACUUCCGGAAAGUGGGUAUGAGGCAUUACCACUUAAAGAAGAACCAAAGCUACUGCCCAGCUAUCAACCUCGAUAAACUGUGGAUACUUGUCAGUGAGCAGACCAAGAUUAAUGCUGCCAAAAACAAGGAACGGGUUGCCCCCAUCAUUUAUGUCGUUCGGUUCGGGGUACUACAAAGUCCUAGGAAAAGGUCACUCCCCAAACAGCCAGUCAUCGUAAAGGCAAAAUUCUUCAGCAGAAGAGCAGAGGAAAAGAUUAAGGGUGUUGAUGGAGCUUGUGUCCUUGUGGCAUAA